AUGUCUCACUACCCACCACCCCCAACGCCACACCUGCGUAGACGUGGCAACGACGCCUCAGGAUACGGGCAAGCGUCACCGAAUCUGCACCAGGCAUUUAUGAGGACUGAUCCUCGACAGGCAUCUUCCGACCGUAGCAAAUCUUCCUUUGACGGGCGAAGUAGCGGUAGACAGGCGAGUGAGCAAGCUGUUGAUGAACAUGACCGUCGUCCGCGACUUACGAUUCAGCUGCCGACGCCCAAAAGUUCGCCAGAGCCGGAAGUUUUGCAGAGCCCGAGGGACUUGGCGCGGCUAAGUCCUGUCGAUGCGGAGACGGCUUUGGUGGAUCGGUUUAGGAAACCCGUCUCCAAAGUGUCUCACCCUGCCUGUCUCACCCCCGGACAGCGUUCCACCACGCAGGAUGCGGAAGAAGCUCACCCAAAUGAAGAACAAGUCAACAAUGCAAACGGGCCCCUCGCUACCCGCGCACGAAUCUCAGACGGUGAUUCUCCGACCUUGGAUUUGGCCGCAAGACAGCUGUUUCAGCAGGCGGUUCCGCCUGGCUUCAACACCAACACUGACUUUGGUGACUUUGGCCGGGGUUUGCAACCCUCAGCGGCCGCCGUAGCCGAAUCUUCUCGCCGUAAUCGAGCUACGCCAGCUCACCAGCGUCCACACUGGGUUCCCACAAGUGAAGACUAUCCCAGUGUCCCCUCGAAUCAAGGGAUUGGGUCUCGAUACCCCGCUGAAGCUAGGCGAGUUCCUGCCAGCAGACGCGCUAAUGGCCGCGCAGAUGCUGUACAGGAUGAGAGUAAGGGUGCUCUCGGCACGGAAGGGGACGUCGCGAUGCGGGUAGAGGUAAUUCUGCACGGAGAUGGAUACCGUCUCCGCGACUCCCGACAUCAUCCGGACAUCUUCCAAGAAAUAAUUCCAGCAACCCCAGCCGUAAGUAAUACAGCUGACAUUUCCGAAACCCAUCUCGGCUAUGGACGGCAGGCUCAUCGAAGCAGGAAGACCCCAUCACAUCAUUCCGAGUCAAAUGCAGACAUUGCUUCGAUAUCUUCCACAGAAUGCCAGCCAUCCACCACUGCAUCCCCACCCUCCUUCUCCCCUGCCUUCUCCCCGCCUCCACGCGUAUCUUGCGACAUCGUGGCGCGCAACCCGAUCCCCGCCACCAGCCAGCGCUACUUCGGACCCGAGAACGGGGGCCGCGCGGAUAUCGACGAUGGCGAAGAGGCUACUGUGGUAGAUAUUGGCGAGAAUGCAGGUGCAGAUGCGCGUAAACGUAGACUCAGUCUGCAGAUGCAGGAGUGGCGGGUGUGGAGCAAGGAGCCGGAAAGACCUGAGAAGUGGUCCAUCGAUUUUGACGAGGUUCAGCAUAGGGGAGACGAGAGAUAG